AACAGCAUUCACUUGUUGAGGCCUAGGUUUUCACUGCCGUAAGAAUGCUUUACUGGUGAUCUAGGGAUAAAAUAGCUUUUUAAGCCUCCAUCAUUGCCUUUUUAACUACAAGUAAAGUUUGUCUAGGCUAGGCUGGUUCAUGUUGUGACAUAUUCCAGCCAAUAUGAACAUCUAUAAGCCUAAAGAUAUCCGUUCUAUGAGCAGCGUUGAGUCGGGCUCUACAGACUAUGAACACUUUGUGCAUGUUAUUGAGGAGUCGGACACAAGCUGCCUUGGACAAAUAUUUAGAGUGAUACAAGAUGGUGCUAACCAGCAUGGCUUUAUGGAUCAUCUGGAAAAUCGUAUUGUAGAGCAUGAUCGUGAUAUUGAGCGCAUGUGCAACUUCCAUUACCAGGGAUUUGUGGACAGUAUAGGGGAGUUACUGAGUGUCAGAAUCCAUGCAGAGAGGCUCAAGAAAGAAGUCUUAGACACAAACAAAGCAUUACAGCAGUCAGGUAAAGUGCUAAUAGAGAAGGCAGAAGAGUUAGCGCUAUUGAGACAAACACAGAAAAACAUUGUCACCACGAUGGAGAGGUUACAAGUGUGCCUACCAGUCUUGGAGAUGUACAACAAACUGAAUGAGCAGGUGGGCAAUAAAAGGUACUAUCCUGCUUUAAAAACUCUUGAGCAAUUAGAGCACACAUACCUUCCCAGAGUGCAACGGUACAGGUUUGCAGAAGACAUGGCGGAGAACAUCCCCAAAUUGCGUAACAGCAUCAAAGAGGCUUCUAUGAUAGACCUCAAAGACUUUCUUGAAAGCAUUCGCAAGAAUUCUGAUUGGAUUGGCGAAGAAGCAAUGAAACAGGCUGAAAAACAUUGUAACUUGGAAAAGUCGGAUGUAUUAACAAACCCAAAAAGCUCAUCAUUAACGGAAGCAGAUUCAUCACCAGAAGAAGGAGUUGAAUUUGAUGAUAUGGAGGUUAGUGCUCAAGAAAAAGUAGAUUUUGCUCCAGUUUACCGUUGUCUGCAUAUCUACUCGGUGCUCGGAGAAAGGGACACAUUUGAAAAGUACUAUCGAAAUCAACGGUCAAAGCAAGCACGGCUUGCUGUCCAACCUGUAGGGAAUAUGUAUGACUCCCGAGAAAGUUAUGAGAAAUACUUCCAUCAGAUAUUAGGAUUCUUUGUUGUGGAAGAUCAUAUUUUAAAUACGACGGAAGGCCUGAUUUCACGAGAAUACUUAGACAGUUUAUGGGAUUCAUCACUGACUAAAAUUAUUCAGAUUCUUCAAACUCAGACUGCUUCAUGUACAGACGCCACUAUUCUUCUACAAAUUAAGAACACUAUUGUAAUAUUCGGACAAACAUUAAGGAGCUACGGAUUCAAUGAUAGUAGAGUAACAGAACUUCUUAUGGAACUUAAAGACCAGUACAGUGAGAUUCUAAUGAAGAAGUGGGUCAAAGUUUUUAGUGAUAUCUUCUUUGAGGAUAACUAUACAGCAAUGGUGGUACAUAAUCAGGAGGAACUAAAUGACGUCACAAGGGGAUUUCCCUUUACAGAUGAAAAACAAACCAAAGUUACAUUUCCCAAGACUCUGCCAUUUUCAGCAUUUGUACCAAAAGUUUAUCACCAAAUUAAGGAGUUCAUCUAUGCAUGUCUCAAGUUUUCUGAAGACUUGAAGCUAAGCCAAAAUGAGAUGGAUGAUAUGAUUAGAAAAUCAACAAAUAUUUUGUUGACCAGGACUUUGAGUGGAUGUCUCAGUGAGCUGAUCAGGAAACCACUUCUAGGCCUAGCUGAGCUUGUUCAAGUGACCGUGAACACAAUUCAUCUGGAAAAUGCCUGUAAAUAUUUAGAAGAUUUUAUCUCCAACAUCACUGGUGCUGUCGGUGAGAACAUCUCUGCAGCAGGGCUUCAGAGCAGUAAUAUAUUCCGGGAUGCCCGAAGCGAAGCAGAAUUGGAAAUCUAUCGUAAAUUGAACAAGAAGAUUGAUGAGUUCUUAGAGCUUGCUGAAUACGAUUGGAUGCUGGAUGAACCCAGAGGUCGUGCCAGCAGCUAUCUGCUAGAUUUAAUAAGCUUCCUUCGCAAUAAUUUCACAGCAUUCAACCAUUUGCCAGGGAAGGUAGCCCAGACAGCUUGUUUAUCUGCCUGCAAGCACCUUGCUACUGGUCUUCGUGAGAUGCUCUUGGGCAAGGACAGUGGAAGGAUCACAAUCGGUGCAAUACAACAAUUCAGUCUAGAUGUUAUUCAAUGUGAACAAUUUGCCAACUCAGAGCCAGUGCCGGGCUUCCGAGAGGGUGCUCUACAGAUGACUUUUGUUGAACUACGUCAACUUCUUGAUCUGUUCAUGGCAUGGGAUUGGUCAUCUUACUUGGCGGACCAUGGCCAAUCUAAAAGCAAGUACUCUCGUGUCAACCCACACACAGCAAUAAUAUUAUUGGAAAAGAUGCGUGAAAGUGAUAAAAAGAAAAACCUCUUCACAACCUUCAAAAAGAAUGAAAGAGACAAGAAGAAACUGAUGGAUACAGUACUGAAGCAACUACGCGGACUUGCUGGUGGUCAAAGUAGUAGAGGGCAGGUGGUGUGAUGGCAGAGAUCAUUAUCACAGAGCUCUUUCAAUUGACAUGUCAUCAUCAUUUCUGACUUGAAUUAACUAAUGACACUGGCUUAAGUCUAGUUUCUGUAAAAUCUCUACACUGAUACUAGUGUUUUCACUGCAAUCACUACACUACGUAGUCGUCCCCUACGCAAUUAUGUAAUAUUGGCAGUCGAACCAGGCUCAACUUUCUAGAAAAAAGGUUUUGUCUCAAUUACUGCACUUUAUUUUCUCAUACAACAAUGGUAGUUUUUAGAUUAGGAUAUCACUGAUUAACAACAUUUAAAGGAAUUUUAAAACAUGUUUGAUGUUAGUGAAAACUAAUGCAUAGGGCAAUGAAGGCUUGUUCUGCGAAUAAACCGCAACUUGUGUACUAAUGUA